AUGAGCUGUGCUCCUAAUGCUUCACAUUCUCCAGUCUUCUUGCUCCUUGGGUUCUCAAGAUCGAGCAUCCCUCACAGUCUCCUCUUUCUCCUCUUCCUGGCUAUUUACCUGACCACCAUAUUGGGGAAUGUGACUCUGGUACUGCUCAUCUCCCGGGACUCCCGGCUCCACUCACCUAUGUAUUAUCUACUCCGUGGCCUCUCCAUAAUAGACUUGGGGCUUUCCACAGUCACCCUGCCCCAGUUGUUGGUCCAUCUGGCCUCUGAUUACCCAGCCAUUCCUGCUGCCCGCUGCUUGGCUCAGUUCUUUUUCUUCUAUGCAUUUGGAGUCACAGAUACACUUGUCAUUGCUGUCAUGGCUCUAGACCGCUACGUGGCCAUCUGCGACCCUCUGCACUAUGCUUUGGUGAUGAAUCGCCAGCGCUGUGCCUGCCUACUGGCCUUGAGCUGGGCAGUGUCCAUAGUGCAUACUAUGCUACAUGUGGGUCUCCUUCUGCCCCUGUAUUGGACUGCGGAUGCCGGGGGGCAUGUUCACAUUCCCCAUUUCUUUUGUGACCACCGACCACUUCUGAGAGCCUCUUGCUCAGACAUACAUUCCAAUGAGCUGGCCAUAUUCUUGGAGGGCGGCUUCCUAAUGCUGGGCCCCUGUGCCCUGAUUGUACUCUCCUAUGUCCGAAUUGGGGCCACCAUCUUACGUUUGCCUUCAGCAGCUGGUCGCCGCCGAGCAGUGUCUACUUGUGGAUCCCACCUCACCAUGGUUGGCUUCCUCUAUGGCACCAUCAUUUGGGUCUACUUCCAGCCUCCCUCCCAGAACUCUCGGGACCAGGAUAUGGUGGCUGCAGUAAUGUACACUACCAUUACACCUUUGGCCAACCCGUUUGUUUAUAGCCUUCGCAAUAAGGAUGUCAAGGGUGCACUCUGCAGGUUGCACAGACAGGGGAGAGUGGAAUCCUGA